AUGGUCGACCUGCCUCCCGGGAGGUCUUUUAAAGUUGGCGCAGGAACAGCAGGAUCAGUUUUAGCCAAUAGACUUUCCGAACCACCGCAUAUUACAGUUCUUGUGUUAGAAGCAGGAGAUAUGGCUCCUCUAACCUCUGAGAUUCCACUUAUUCCUGUAAAUUUAGCUUUUACAAAUUACAGUUGGCAAUUUAAAAGUGUACCCAGUAAAACCAUAGCUCAAGGUCUUAAAAACAGACAACUGUUAACUGUGGAAGGUAAAGCGCUUGGGGGAACCACAGUUUUAAAUUUUAACUUAUUUGUGCGUGGAGAUUACGACAAUUGGGCAAGACAUGGUGCCAUAGGUUGGGAUUGGAAAAGUGUCUAUCCUUAUUUUCUAAAACUGGAAAACAAUCGAGAAUAUUGCAAUGUAUAUCACGGUGUUGGUGGAAACGUUAUUGUGCAGACACCACCUUUCCAUGCACCAAUAACGAAAGGUUAUUUAGAAGCAGCCAUAGAAAUUGGAUAUACUCCUGGAGACUUUAAUGCAAAGAAUCAAACAGUGUUUCAACCUCCUCAAGGAACUGUUAAUAGAGGAGCACGCUGGAGUGCGGUUAAAGCAUAUAUUAAUCCUGCACGAGGUCGAAGAAAUCUUUGGAUCUUAACUUCAGCAUUUGUUCACAAGAUAUUGAUCCGGAAUAAACAAGCUUACGGAGUUAAGUUCGAGCACCGUGGACAGUUGCACGAAGCUUAUGCCAAUAAAGAAGUGAUUAUAUGUGCUGGGGUAUUUAACUCACCUAAACUCUUAAUGCUAUCAGGAAUUGGGCCAAAGAAUACAUUACGGAAGUUCAAUAUUCCUAUUGUAGCGGAUUUACCAGUUGGAAGAAAUCUUCAAGAACAGCCAUCCACUUCUGGUAUGGCAUUUGGAGCAAACACUUUUACUUAUUCUGCACAACGGAUCACCGUGCUGGAUUAUAAUGAAUUCUUAGUUAAUGGCACAGGUCCACUGACAUCUUUGGGAGGAACUGACACGAUUGGAUUUGUAAAUUCUAAAUAUAAUAACAAUCCUGAUUGGCCAGAUAUUGAAUUAUUGUUGUUUCCUUUAUCAGCAGCAUCUGAUAAAGGCGCAGUUUUAAAAAACGUGUUUAACCUAAAGGAGGAAGUGUAUAUGGAAAUGUUCGCACCAUAUACAAUGACUGACACAAUAUCGUGUUUUCCAUAUCCAACACGUCCAAGAAGUAGAGGAUAUGUUACUAUCAGAUCUCGUAAUCCUUGUGAUGAUCCUAUUAUUGAUUUCAAAUUUUAUUCGAAUCCUCACGACUUAAAAGUUAUGGUCGAAGCUUUGAGGUACUGCCUGAAGAUAGCAAAUUCUGAAGCAUUGAAGAAAUAUGGAGUUUAUCAACUUCCUGUUCCCGGUUGCGAAGGUUAUCAGAAAUACAGUGACGAAUAUCUCGCUUGUAUAGCAACAACACUACCAUUUACAAUAUACCAUUAUUGCGGAACGUGUAAAAUGGGAAGUUAUAAAGAUCCUACAACUGUGGUUGAUCCAACGCUCAAAGUUAAAGGUGUAAAAGGACUAAGAGUAGCGGAUGCUUCCAUAAUGCCAUUUGUGAUAACUGGGCACUUAGUCACUCCAACUUACAUGAUUGGGGAAAAGGCUGCUGAUAUGAUUCUCUGUGAUCCACUCUAUAACUAACACUUUGAAAAUAAACAAGAAUAAAAAAUAUUUUCAAAGUGAUAUUAUGUAU